CCUCACGUGUUGUUGUGAUCCUGCCACCAGCAAAACGAGACAACACGAUACAUGAAUUAAAUACCUUAAUAAAGAAGGAAGAAGAAGAGACAGCGUGAUGGCGAAGAAGAAACGUGGACAAGCAAAAAAUAACCAGGCUAAUGCCAAGAGUAAAGAAUAUGAAAGGCCAAAGGAGCCCCAGUGCCUGGUCUUCCCACAGGGGCCAGUCAUGAAAGAAGUACAGAUACUUGCAGAUGAUUUCCGCAAAAUUCUGCAGCCAAACUCACUUGGUUGGUUAAAGAAAGGUAAAAUCAGAGACAUUUUGUCAGUAUGCAGGCCAAUGAAUUUUACACACAUGGUUUUGUUUUCUCAAACUGAAAGAGGCAUCUACAUGAAGUUCUGCCGUUUACCUCAAGGGCCAACAGUAACAUUUAAGUUAAAGUCUUUCUCCAAUGCACAUGAUAUCAUGUCACUGUUGAAAAAGCAGCCUUGCCUUGUGCCACAUUUCCUUGUGGGUCCAUGCCUCAUGACCAACCUACAGCUCGAGGAAGGAGAGGCACACCUGAAGCUCUGUGCCAGGAUGUUCCUUGAUAUGUUCCCCACCAUCACACCAAACACGGCCAAAACUGAUGCAAUUCGACGCUGCUGCCUCAUCCACUAUGACGCAGAGACAGAACUCUUUGAAUUCCGACACUAUGCCAUUCGCGUUGUUCCCCUGGGAUUGUCGAAAGCCGUCAAAAAACUUUCCAAAGGGAAAGUGCCCAACCUAAGCAAGUUCUCAGACAUGUCGGAGUUCAUGACAAAGGCGGGAAUGCUGUCAGAGAGCGAAGCGGAAGAUGACCCUGCCAGCGAGGUGACACUGAGUGAAAGCAAGCAGACUGGCGAAGAAAAGAAAGAGUCGAAGAAGUCAGCAGUCCGACUGAUAGAGCUGGGCCCUAGAGUAUCCGUGGAGUUGUGGAAGGUGGAAGAGGGGCUACUGGAUGGCUUAGUUCUAUACCAUCGCAUCAUUAAAAGAACGCCAGAGGAGAAGCUGGAGUUGGAGAAGCGCAGAGAAAUGACAAAGCAAGUAAGAGAGCAGCGAAAGAGAGAACAAGAGCGCAAUAUCAGAGCCAAGAUGAAGAGAAUUGAGGAGCACAGGCAGAAGUGCCUCAAUGGUAUGAGGGAGAAGCCCAAACUGGAGAACAAUGAUGAUAACGAAGAGGACAAUGAUGUGGAAUAUUUCAGGGAGGAGGUUGGCGAGGAGCCUGACGAGGCUUUGUUUGACAAAAAGCGGACUGGCAAGAAGCGCAAGAUAGAGGCAGAAGAAAGGACCCAGAAGAAGGUUAAGAAAUUCCAAGAGAAGAAAAUGCCAAGGGCCCACUAUGACAGUGAUGAUGAUGGUGACGGCCGCAGUCGUGGGAAGGCUAAGCACAAAGAAGGUGGAAAGCAUGGAAAAGGAAAGGGGAAGGUUGGUUUCAAAACACAUGAAAAGAUCAGGAAAGCAAAACCAACUGGUAUGAAAAUGAAGAAAAAGGGCUUCAAGAGGAAAUAACUGCAUGGUUGACCUUUACAGACAUUUCUUAAGGGCAAGACAUUAAUCUUGAUGAAUGUUAUCUUGUAUCUAACAAAUGUGAGAUUUUGUUAAUAAAUUAUAUAUUCCUAA